AUGUUGAAUGUUGUGGUAGAAUUGUUAAGGUUUGCAUACACAUUCUUGGAAGUCAUUCUCAAUUAUAUCUCCAAGCCAUCGCUUAUCAUUAAAAGCCUUUUGUGGAGCGCCGACAACAACUCUCAAUUUCAUCACCUUCCCAAUCAUCUCGCUGUCCUAUAUACCGAUAAGUGUGCCAUUUCACUUGAAGCUCUUAGUAAAUUGAUUGUUCGUAGUGCUCGUGCUGGUAUCACAAAAAUCACUUUAUACGAUCCAUGGUCCUAUAUUUUUUCAAAACGAGAGCUUCUGCGAAAGCUAACGCAUGAUUUUAUGCGUACGACAUGGUCGAAAGACCUUAUCGACGUGGAAUUUUACGAUUCUGACCAUUCUGUAAUUCAUCCAAGCUUCAUUCAUACUUCUGUCAAAAUUCUUGGCGUACGAGAUGGCAGGCAAUCCAUUGUUCGAGCUUGCCGAAAACUUUGUAUGGAGCGUGAACCGGCAGAUAUAACAAUUGAGCAAAUAUCAGAAUGUCUUGCUAAAGAACACAUUUGCGAACCGGAUUUCCUGCUCCAAAUAGGUAAUUUAGAAACAAUGGCGGGUUAUUCUCCGUGGGUAUUAAGGAUAACGGAAGUACUUCAGCUGAAAAGUCUUCCCAGUAACUUUUCACACCAACAGUUCCUUUCUUAUCUCCAGGAAUACUCAUCAAGAGAUCGUCGGGUUGGGAAGUGA